AGGGAAAAAAACUACAAAAAGUCCUUGACAGAUCACCUUUCGAUACUCCGUACUUAUAAGGCACCGACCCUGCAUCCCAUCCACCAUUCCUCUUAGUCUCACCUUUACAUAUCUUCACAACCAGACUCAUUCUAUCUUCUGUUCCGAAUUACAUUAUAGUUCGGACUUUACAAAUGCUUUACUAGGCAACAGUUCCCUUCGCAAAGCAUACAAAUCCCUCGACUUCCCACCUCACCUCAACAAAUACUACUCAGAUGUCCUCAUGUCUCUAGAGCCAGAAGCUGAACUCACAAUACAUUCUAUCGUCUCUGACACUGCCGACUGACCACACCGCCGUGGACUAUUCCCCAAGGAUCACCAUUAACAACACUAUUCGUAACCAUAGACAUAUACGUGAACAAUCUUCUACCGAAAUCCUCUUGGCUCAAGCCACCGCGCCGCCCGGAUCGCAUUAUACCAGCAAUCCCCAGAGGCACCGGCCUAGACCUCAAGUUAUCCAACCUAAUCCACCGCGCAUUAGCCGCACUACUACGUUACCAUCCGACACGAUGUGCCACAAGAACAUAUUCACCUACGUCUACCCGGACGGACACAAGGGAAAACACAUUAAGCAUGACCUAUGCGACAAUUCGCGAUCAGGCCAACCGUGCAAGCAUACGAAGACCUUCGAGCACCCGAUCGAAUACGUCCGUCCCGCGCAAUUGAGCCCUCAGGCAUUGACACAUGGACAAUUCCCGCCGACACCGCCACUAUCUUCUCACUCGGCGUCUGCGUCUGACUCGGAACACUCUUCCAAGGAGCGAUCGGGUGUCUACAUCAAUGGCGAAAAAGUAAUCGACCUCAACAGACGCCAGUCGCGUCGCGACAAGGGCGACCGCACUGUCUACGUCGAUGGCUCGUCACUAUCGCGCACUCCACCCCGUCGAUACAGCGUGUCGCGCAGCAGCCCGUCUUCCAGCCCGCGCGAAGAGGCGACCUACUUGCGCGAAUCCCGCCGACGCGAGAGGACCCCAGAAUCGCGUGAGCGCUCUACUUCCUCGCACUACCGAGGACCAAUCAUCGAAGUCAAGGUAGUAAACGAGAAGCAACGCGACCGGGACCACAGCACCCACCGUCGACAUGGAUCUUCCACUAAAUCCAGCUCUCAGUCUGGCGACGACGAAGAGCGCCGCCGACGCCGCCGAGACAGCCACGUUCGCUUCGAGGAUGACCACAAGGGCGAGGACAAGAAAAAGAAGAUUCAAUCCGCGAUCGAGCGCCAGAAUGCGGAUAUCGCCAACCGCCCUGCCGUUCCAUCCCAGUCUGCUUCCAACGGUCGAUAUCGCCGAGGCUCAGUAGUCGUCGACCGAGCCAAUACCGAGCUAGUGACUGCUAUGGAGCAACUUGAACUCGAGCGCGAGAAAUCUCGCCGGGAGAAGCGAACGGCAGAGCUACUCGCACGCGAUGCAGAGGAGGCGCAAAAGCAGCGACUGAAGAAUCGCCUGGCACCAACGCGACAGACUCCUGUCGUUCAAAGCCAAACACGGCCUCGACCGAAGCUACUCUACGAGGAUCCAUACUACCAGGACUGAUUCCGGACAAGCACACACCGAGAAAACCCACAAAAAAUGUUACAAUUUUGCAUGUAAAGGAUAAGACAACGGCGUUGGAUCAAUGAUACCUGGGCACUACGAUUAUUACAUGAUUUGAUGUAUUUUUUCCUUGUUUAUAGACGGACGGCAAUGCCCAUUUUCAUGUAUUAUUGAUAAGCCUGUAUGUAUUUGAUAUCACUCGUACCGAACUGGCACACGCCUUGGUCUUGAGGGAUUUUGGGGGAUCGCAAAUGCGCAAUAUCAAGAAAACAGUAUUGGAAGAGAAAAAUUUUUGUCUUAACAUAUUCCCCGGUCAAUAUUUGUUCUAAUACCCCAGUUAAAAUACGAUGUUUGUUAUUUUACCUUUUAUAUGUAGCUACUUGUAUGUAGAUAGAAACAUUAGACACAUUAGAGAUAUUACACUCAGGUACACACACACCAUAGAUCAUAGCUGUAGCUAGCUAGGUACAUAGCUCAUCCAUGGAAAUGACCCAAUGAAUUAUCAGCAAUGCAUAAUAAAAUUCACCUAGUCGGCAUGAAGGUGUUGUUGUCGUUUUCUUGUGCGACAAACAAAUCGAU